AACACUGCCACUAUCCGCGUUUGCCAGGCCAGCGAGGAUGAGCAGCCAUGCGCCAUUGAUGCCGCCUCUUGUGCCACAGUUCCACGGGACAAAGACGGUAUCCAGGGCCACCGCCGCCGCCGCUGGAUCUAUACUAUGCUUGCGUGCGAGGACGAAUCGAAACACACGGCGGGCAGAUGCUGCUGGCGGUACCACGCUAUCGCAGUCUCACAGACGAUGCUUCAGGUCUGGGAGAUUUACCUACCACUGCGGCGCUGCAGGACGCUUCUAGCUGCCGGGACCACAUGCAAAGUGGAACCGAAACGCAAGUACACAGGCGAAAUUGGCCACGGCAUUGGCAACGGGACGGCAAGGCAGCAUGCCUGCCAAAUGUCAUCUCAUGGCAUGCAUUUUUCGACCAGACCUGUCGCACGCUUUUCGCCUUCCAGGGUUCGCAUCGAUGAUUACACUCUGGUAGACUAG